AAAAAAAUUCGAUUAACAACGAAACGACAAACACAAACCCGAUUAUCUAUCCCCUACGUCCCUCCCCUGUAAUUCAUUACAGUAUACCAAUAUUAUUUUCAAGUGAAACAACGAAUAAAUGUCGUUGUUUUCAAUAGUUCGUGGAAAAUCGCUAUCGAAACUAAAACGUAUACACACACACACACACACACAUCGUAUGUUUUUAAGUUUUAUGUGUUAUUAAGGACCAUGUGAGCCGCGGAGUGGUGGAUAUACUGUUUAGAGCCCUGUCGCGCAACGGCGUAAUUGUUAAAUGCGUUUUGUUUGUCCGACACACCGGGCAGAAAGAACUUUUUUUCGCUUGUUCGAUACCGUUCGGUUGAAAUUCGAAUCUCAAAAUUUUUUCAUCAUCAGUAGUUCUAAUUAUAUUUACCACGUGCUCACGGUAAACAACAGCUACAUAUUAACACGAAUCGAAAACAUUAGGUUUUGAUUACAUCUGAAAAUUUAAUUCUUUGCCAAAAUGAAUAUGUAUUGUACACCUCAAAACAACAAUGUUUUAUUCUGUGAUUACAUUUCGCCUACACCUCAUUAUUCAUUGUCAUCAUAUUCUCAAUCUUCAUAUAUAUCUAGUAAUUCUAAUUAUUCACAAUCAUCUUUUUCACCACCCAUGUCAUCGCCUUAUACACCUUCAUCACAGACUUCAGAAUCAUUUGGAAAUGAUAACAUUUUUAAAUUUCCACCAAUAAUUCAAGAUAAAUAUAUUCGUACACGUGAAGACUUAUUAGCUGCCGUUAUUGCCAAGGCCAAUAAUUUAGCUGAAAUAGAAGAAAUCGGUCAACGUUUAAUUUCAAUAGACAAAAGACAUGUUAUUCAAAAUAAUGGCCAAAAGACAUUGUUGCCAACUGUGAAGCAAGAACCUAAGCGUGGUAGUGAACUGUAUGUUGCAUUACCAAAAGCGUGUUUAGAAGGAUUUCUCUAUGCUAUUUUUUCACAGUAUGGAACUGUCCAUCAAAUUCGAUUAAUGAUGCAUUUCUCUGGUUCAAAUCGAGGAUAUGGUUAUGUUAUGAUGAGUAAUCCUAUAGAAGCUGAGAUGGUGCUUGUUAAACUUAAUGAACUUACUCUUCCUGGCAUUCGAGGUCACUUGUUAAUAAGCAUGUCAACUGAUAAUAGAACAUUAUUUGCUAGAAAUAUACCUAUGGAUUUAUCAGAAGAACAAUUACAAGUUGAGUUUGAAAGGCGCGUGGAAGGAGUUAAGAAAGUGCGAGUUUUUAAUCAUAUAGAUGAUCCCAGCAAAAACCGAGAAUUCUGUUUUGUAAUAUUCAAAGAUCAUAGAAGUGCUGCGUUAGCUCGCAGAUCAAUGGCUGAAAGUCCAUUUUUCCUAAAUGGGGUAUCUAUUAAGAUCCAAUGGGCAGAAUCUGAACCUGUAUUUCGAUAUUCAGUACUAAAAAGAAUGAAACAAUUACACAUUAGAAACAUGAAUUCACAAACAACAGAAGAAGAUAUAUGGAAACUCAUAUGCCAACAUGUUACACCUAAUAAUAUUGUAUUCAUUAAGAAAAAUAAUACAUGUGCCAGAAUCAAAUUUACCAGACAUGAAUAUGCAGAUCUUGUACGAAAAAAUCUUGAUGGUACACGAGUUCAUGGAAUAAAUUGGAUUGUUAUGUGGGACAAAAUAGAAGGAACAAAGUAUGAAAGGUUAUGCCCUUGAUGCCUAGAAUAAUUAUUAAUUCUACUUAUUAUAUACUACAUUAAUUAAUAUAUAUUUCUUAUUUUGUAAUUCCAU